AUGGCCUCAUUUCUCAGGGAUCGACGCGUGUGGGAGGCUAGCCUGAUAGCAGUCCAAGAGCCAUGGAAGAAUACGCUCUCAAAUACGACACACCAGCCAGUCUCCUCGCUAUUCCAGCUUAUCUAUCCUAGCACGAGCCCGGACGAGCCUCCUGGAGUCUGUCUCUACGUCUCGAAGAAGCUAGACCCAAGAGAGUGGUCGUGCACGCUAGUGGACCGGGAUUAUCAAAUUCUGAAGCUCCGGAAGGCCCAUACAAACGGCAACUGGACUGAUCUAUUCGUGCACAAUAUCUACAAUCGGCCCGGCUCCGGCAUGCCGGACAAGCUACGCCACGAGCUCAACAAACGGAAAGAGGGGGAGCAUGUUAUAACGGGCGACUUCAACGCCCAUCACCCCGUAUGGGGCGGGCCGGGGGUCGCUGCGGAGGCUGAAGCAGAGGAAUUCCUGCUACUGGCGGACCAGUUCAAGCUAGAUAUGCUAACGGAAUGUGGCAAGCCCACGUGGGAGCGUGGAGGUAUGGAGACGGUGAUAGACUUGACUUGGGUCAGCGAGGAACUAACCAGUCGACUGAUUAAUCACGGACGUGCGGAUGAUAUCGAGCACCAAUCUGACCAUUUCCCUAUUCGGACGACGCUAGAUGUGACGACACCGCUGUUUGAACAGCCGCAGCGUCGAAAUUGGACUGCCACAGACGACAAAAUCCUCACAGAAUUCGUCAACAAACACGUCAAAGAACGGGAUCUGACCAAGGCAGGCAAGACCCGAAUUGAGCUUGAAACUCAGACGUUUAUCCGCACAAUUCAAGCCGCAAUUCAGGCCUCCACGCCGUGGGCCAAGCCGUCUGAAUGGGCGAAUUCCGACUUUACCCCGGAGUGCCGCGAGGCGGUUAAGGCCGUUCGCUAUCUCCGCCGGCGGUGGACCCACACACAUGACCCAUUAGACGAGCUCCGCUAUCACCAGGCCCGCAACGAUAAGAACCGGCUAAUCAAGAGCACGCUUACCAAGGCCCACCGCAAGCGGGUGCAGAAGGUGGUCGAGGAUGGCCCCCGGGGCAUGUGGCGACUGGCCAAAUGGGCCCGAAAUCGUGCUGGUAUGUAUGAGCGUGGUUUAACGCCAACGUUACGUGCUCGUAAUGGGUCAGCAGCCGAGUCUGUGGACCAGAAAGCUGCAGCUUUCUAG